AUGGCUCCUCAGGAAGACGAAAUCACCAUCUCUGACACCAUCAUCGCAGAGAUCCACGGCGAACCCCUCUCUGAUCUCGAUCAACAGCUCUGGGAUAUUUUCACCGCCACAGCUUCCGCCCAUCCCGAGAGAGAUGCAAUAGUCUCUCUGUGGCAGCCCGCAGACGCCAGCCACGUAUCGGAAGAUGAAAUCUCGACUGCGCGAUCGGACUGUCUCAGAUGCUCGUAUGGAAACCUCCGGGACGGCGCUGAGCAUCUGGCUGACACUCUGGAGAAGCUGGGCGUCGGCGCUGGCAUGCAUGUCGCCGCCGUGCUUUGGAACUGCGCAGAAUGGGGCUUCUUGCUCUGGGCCUGCGUCAAGAUCGGGGCCGUCUUCGUCCCUGUUGACCCUCGUGUGACGGACGACGUUUGCCUGAUGCUCGAGUCCAUUACACCGCGCGUCGUAGUGGUCCAGGACACCGAGGCCGCGGUGCUUCUAGAUGGAGGUAUAUCCAAGCUUCCAUAUCCCCUUCUCCGUAUACACUGUGGAAGUGGCUCUACGGAUGGCUGGAUCAGCCUCGGCCAACUCCUGGCCCGGGAUUUCGCCCUUCAGGGGCUGGAGACACUCGGUGACACAGACGACGAUCAAGGACCGCGCCGAGCCAACGGAAACGCUCCCACCCUCAUCGUCUUCACGAGUGGAACGACGGGCAAGCCCAAAGGAUGCCCUCACACAAACCGCAACCUGGUGUCUCAGACCAACAACUAUGAUGCCAAUGCCGACCCGAGCUUUGUCGACCGCUGGCUCGUCCACACGCCCGUGUGCCAUGUCUUUGCCAUCAACAACGCGCUUCGUGCGUGGCGACACGGCGGUACCGUCGUAUUCGCGGCCAAGUCUUUCCACAUUGACGCCACGCUCACGGCCUUGGUUCAGGAGAAGUGCACCGUCAUGUCAGCCACCCCGACCCUCGUGCGGGCCCUCUUGUCCCACGGCUCGUUUCCGAGCUCACGGGACCUGAAUCUGUCCAUUGUCUCGCUGUCCGGCACCAUGAUUGGGCCGGAGCACAUACGUCUCUGCAGAGAGGGGCUCGGGGCGCGUGAUGCCAUCCAGGCUUAUGGGAUGACUGAAGGGGCGCCAAUUGUCAGUUGGUCUCGACAGGAUGAGAUGCUGGUCGACGGACACCAUGCUGGAGUUGGAAAGGUUCUUCCCGGGGCGGCGGUGCGCGUUUGUCUUCUGGGGACUCGACAGGUGUUGUCUCGAAUGCAAGUGGGAGAGCUCCAUAUUGCUGGGACUUCGGUGAUACAUGAUUACUUUGGCGAUGCUGAGAAUGAACAAGGGGAAGAACGGUUCUACAAUGACAAAUCGGGGCGGUGGUUACGGACGGGAGACCAGGCCAUGAUUGAUGACAAGGGAGUUGUCUAUAUCCUUGGACGUUACAACGAUUUGAUCAUCCGAGGAGGAGAGAAUAUAAAUCCUCUGAAGAUCGAGUCUACGCUGUCUGAUAUUCCGGGCAUUCUCCAUGUGCUCGUCGUGGGUGUCCCAGAUGACAUUGCGGGCCAGGUCCCCGUCGCCGUUGUGAAGCUCUCUUCAGGGACACCCAAAGCAAGAGUGAUGGAAAAAGCACGAAUCUUGGGGCCUCAAUACUCCCUCGAUGCAGUAUACACACUUGAGGAGUUGGGCAUCGAAAAUAUUCCAGUCACGUCUCUUGGAAAGCCCAAAAGAGCCAUUCUCACCGACAUCGUCUCAAAGCAUCGUUUACUCAACCAAAGUAAAACCCCCAAGACGGAAAGGAAAGACACAGUGUCGACGUUGGAAGAUCGCCUGAGGGAAAUAUGGGAUCAGCUGGUGGGUGUCCGUCCCAGCAAGACGGAUGAUAUCUUUUGCAUGGCCGACAGCAUCACGCUGCUUCGAUACUGCGACGCUGUGCUGCGAGUGCUUGGAAGGCAGCUCUAUCUCCAAGAUUUGACUAAAAACGCUACGAUUGAGAAACAGGCCAAGCUUCUGAUGACUAGGGAUGUGCCGUCUGAAACAGAAGCUAAAAUGGAAAAGAAACACAUCGUCCAAGUCCACCCGACAGAUGGAGGCUACAGUUUUCUACGCAAAGGAGGACAAGAUUACAGCUCCAAUCAACAUCCCAUGCUUGAGAAUAGGAGUAAAUACGAUAUUCUGGUCGCCGCUCAAGAGCAAAUUGAGAGAUUUGGUCUGGAUGGAUCCCAUGUCGAAGAUGUGAUUCCCAUCAGGGGCUCCAUGUAUAGAACGAUUGUCGGCCAACGACCACAGUCAUAUCGGAUUCGUCUCAUCUUUCGAAUUCACGAUGCUGCCAUCUCACAGAUUUACAAUGGACUGUUGAGAUGGAUAGCAUCCCGACCUCUUUUACGAACGAUCCUUCUAGGUGCUCAAGGAUUACUCUACCAUAUCGUUGCGCGCCACAGCCAGCAUCUCUUUCAGAAGCUGGUGCGUGAAGUCGAGGUGAGAACGGAAAAGGAGGCGAAAGAUCUCUAUGAAGACAGCUCUUCAGAUACCAACUCUCCCAUGUUCAUGUUCAGUGCCGCUAUUAUCAAGAUCAAAGAGACGGGGCAAUAUCUGCUUUGCAUAACUUACAGCCACUCCAUAGCCGAUGCCUUGACACUCUUGCCUUGGCAUCGAGAUUUGGAUCGACUCAUCCACAAUCCCGACGUGAUAAUUCCCAUGCAGACACCUUAUCGACUCUUUGCAGGGCUUCUUGCAGAGUACCAAGAUAGUCUGCCGGCACAGAGAGCCGUUUCGUUCCAUGCUCAACGACUACGAGGCAUUUCACGUUACAAAGCCGCGCUAUGGCCCAAGCAACGCUCCCCAGGAAUGAUGAUCGGACACGAUAACAAUUCAUUCUACGCCGCCGAACGUGAAGCCGCCAGAGAUUACAUAUGGAAGGGUGAGUGGCAAGACCGAGCAGACGAAUUCCGGUUUCCACGCCGCAGCAGAAUCGUCCGUCUGCCAAACAUGGCGAAAAUGCGUGACUUGUAUAAGUUGGAACCAGCGCUGUUCACGAAAUGUGCCUUGGUCCUAUUCAACGUCAUCCAGACAAAAUCAUCAGUCGCCCUCUUCAGCUCAUGGGAAAGCGGCCGCUCAUGGCCGUUUGUGCCAGACUGGAUAGCAAACAGCCUCCCGCCCGCCAUGAGCAUUGACGGCCCUACUGUAGAAUGGAUCCUAAACAUGUUUGAAGCAAGGCCCGAAGAGACGCUCGUAGAAUUCAUUCAGCGUAUGAUGCUUGAACAAGAGCAGAUUCGCCGCCAUGAGCAUGUGCCAUGGGAAAAGGUCGUACAGGAGCUUCGUGAAGAAGGCAACGCAGCCAUGGACGCGUCAUUCCGACAAGCAUUCGUGUGGGAUGUGAGUAUGGGAGUCGCAGCAUCUCGAGGAUUUCGCAGUGAUUUCGAGACUCUGGAGCCGGUGGCACGGUACGACUGGCCAGAUUGCGGACUCUUUUGGAGCGCCUUUAUGGUGGAUGGAGAUAAUCUCUUCUUCAUUGCGUCGUGGGAUACGGCACAGUUGAACGCGGAACAAGUAGAUGGAUAUUGUGACGGUUUGGCAGAUGUGAUGAGGAAGCUUGCUGAUGAGGAGAAUUGGGGUCUCAAGAUAGGCGACGUGUUUUCUGGGCAUUGA